GAAAUAUCUUUAAAAUUAAAAAAAAACAAAUAUAUAAAUAAACAAAAACAACAAUUUGCUAAAAUUUUAUAAUAAUUAAACAUUAAUUAAAAGUGUCUUAUAACAAGAAGAACAAGCGCCACGUUUUUCUGUGAUUGUGAAAUAUUUGCUCAAGAAAAAAAAAACACUUGAUGCUCCACGGAAAAGUUUCCUCAAGCUUACAAAUUGGAGUUUUAUUAAAGUUUAACAAAAUCCCAAUACCGCAACGAGCAACAACAACCUUAAGAUACCGACAUUAUUGGAAAAACAUGGAUUGUGAUUUAUUAAAGCCACCCUCAGAAGUAAGAGGAAUGACGGUGUUGGCAAUAGAAAAAUUUAAUAAAACCAUACAAGUUCCACGUUUAUGGGUGCCGGAAGAAAAAUCCCAAAGUGUAUUGCCGCUAGUGAAAAAAUUACUAUUGAAAAUGGAAAAAUUAAAACCGGUGAAGCCAUUGAAAUACCAAGAACAAGAGGGUAGAGAAAUUUUAUUACAUCCCCAGCCGGUAAAGAGCUGGCAGGAUUUACCCACUCAGGAAUUGGAAAAACAUGACAUUAAGGAGGAAAAUUAUGCCUUAACAGAGUUAAACUUGAGCUAUGACAAUUGGCGAGCAGAUGAAAUAAUGAAAUCAGUUUUGCCUGCAAAUGAAGAAGGUUUAACUUCGUAUUCCAGAAUAGGUCAUAUUGUGCAUUUGAAUUUGAGGGACCAUUUAAUGCCCUAUAAGGAUCUAAUAGGCCAAGUGCUGUUACAAAAAGUGGUGGGUUGUAAAACCGUAGUCAACAAAGCGGCCUCCAUUGAUAAUACCUAUCGUAACUUCCAGCUGGAUUUGUUGUGUGGGGAGGCUGUCUAUCAAGUGGAAACUAAAGAAAAUGGUGUGUUCUUUGAAUUUGAUUUCUCAAAAGUGUAUUGGAAUCCCCGUUUGUCGACAGAACAUGAAAGAAUUGUUCAAUUACUUAAACCUCAAGAUGUUUUAUAUGAUGUCUUUGCCGGUGUAGGACCAUUUGCAGUGCCUGCUGCCAAAAAACAAUGUCAGGUCUUGGCCAAUGACUUAAAUCCCGAAAGCUAUAAAUGGUUACAACACAAUAUGAAACGUAACAAAUGUUUAGCACAAGCACAGGUUUUUAACAAAGAUGGUCGAGAUUUUAUACUUAAUGAAUUACGCGAAGAUCUGCUUAAAAGAUGGCAACAACCCAAUGUUAACAAUUACAAAAUACACAUUACCAUGAAUCUUCCCGCCAUGGCUGUCGAAUUUCUAUCUGCCUUUAGAGGUCUAUUGGCCAAUGAAACCUCAAUAGAUUUUAACCAGAAAAAUCGACAAUUUCCUUUGGUACAUGUUUAUUCAUUUGCCAAGGGUACUAAUACCAAAGAAUUGGUAUUGCAAUUAGUGGAAGAAAAUUUACAACUGAAAUUAAAGGACAAUUUAGAAGGAGUAUAUUUUGUACGCAAUGUGGCACCCAACAAAGAUAUGUAUCGUGUAUCGUUUUAUCUUACCGAAGAGAUUUUAAUGAAUCCACUUACUGCUAUUGAGUCUAAUAGCAAUAAGGAGGGUAUUAAACGUAAAGCUGAAGUAGAUGGAGAGGACGAGAUGUUGGAAAGUUCAAAAUUUUUAACGGUAUUACAAUAAUGGGUCGCAGGUCUAAACAGAAAACUAAUGGUGGCAAUAAACCUGGAGCUGCUGCCACCAGUGCCAUUAACAAAUCUAAAAAAAAUAAAAAUCUUUUUAAAGUAUCUGAUGUCAAACAAAAG